GACAGCACGCAGGUCCCAAGUCCAAACAUCCCAAGUGAUCCGUCCUGAACGACGAAACGAAGGUUCUGCGUGUAUUCCUGGCGCUACCACCAACCCAAUAGGUGAUAGUCCGCGCUCGUCUUCUCCAUCUUCUUCUUCUUCGUCUUAAAUCACGAGGGCUUGAAAUGGUUUUAGUUUGAUUUCUCUUUAAGUUUGUGGCUUCCGUCAACUGCAACUUAUCUUGGUUUUGGGAUGCUAGAUGCAGUAGUUCAAAGUUUCUUGGCGCUCGACGUACUGGAAGCUGAGAUUUGUGGCUGAGGUUAUGCUGUAUUUGUUCGAGUAUUCUUCUUAUUAUGCAUAACUCGCCGAAUGGAGAUCAGAACAAGCAGGAUCAAAGGAAGAAAACUGAUAUGGAGGACUCUAGUAGAAUGACAGUUGAGUUUCUUCGUGCUCGGUUGCAAUCUGAAAGAUCAGUAUCAAAAACUGCAAGACAGAGAGCUGAUGAAUUGGCUAAAAGGGUGGUGGAACUGGAGGAACAACUUAAAGCGGUGACUCUUCAAAGAAUGAAAGCUGAGAAAGCAACUGCUGAAAUUGUAGCAGUUUUGGAAAAGCAUGGGUUCAGUGACUUCUCUGAGCAAUUUGAUUCAAGUUCUGACCAAGAAGAGCUCCUCUCCGAAUCUAAGGAGGGUAAUGAAUCUCCAAAUAAACUGGAAAGCUCUGUGAUUUCGAAAGCAAGGAUGAACAAAUUGGAGGAGUUUUCUGGUUUGGAGCUGGGAGGUUCUCCUGAAUCUGGUAGAAGUUUAUCUUGGAAAAGCUGCACAGAUAGUCCCACUUCUCUCAAAUCAGAGGACAUGGAUCAGGCCAGGAGGAAGCGGAGCAGUUUCAUUUCUAGUGGUGGGUCUUCGUCAAGAAGAAAUUUGGGUAAAUCAUGCCUCCAGAUAAGACGAAAAGAAAUGAGAUCAGGAGCUGAUGAAGCUAGAGGUGAAUCUUUCCAGCGUGAUGGUCAAAGAAGUGGAGAAUUUAAGAGGGUAGGAGUCACUUCCAAUGGCUCUAAAGAUAGGCCAGUGGAGACCACGGAAGGCAGAUAUAAAAAUAAGGAAGCAAAAGUCUUUCUCGAAGAUAUGGAAAGGGCACUAGAACAUCAGGCCCAGCUCAUUGUUCGAUAUGAAGCAGAGGAAAAGGCUCAGAGAGAGUGGGAGGCGAAGUUGACUGGAAAUGUCAACUGCACUCUGGAUUCAUGUGAACCUGGGAAUCAGUCUGAUAUCACUGAAGAGAGGGAUGAGAUAAGGCCUGAAUCUGUUGAUCCAGUUGACAUGAUUCCAUCUCAUGACCAAGUGAGGUCAGAGGCAGAAUUUGUUUGUCACGGUGAAGAUGCAGUAGGCAAGCCCCUGGUCAAUGGAGUUGUUCCUACAGUGCAUUCUGAGAUGGGUAGCCUACCGGAUCAACAACAGAGUGGCAGCAGCAGCAGCAGCAGCAUGGUUGAUGAAUUUUCCCCUAGUUUCUCUUUUCCAAGCCAAUUGAAAACAGAAAUUAAAAUCGGGGGGAAGGAAAAAGUAGAGUGCUUGGAUCACUCUAUUCAUCAACCUUUGCAUGAGUCUUCUGAGCCUUAUCGUUUGCAGAAAUCCUCAUCUCAUGCACAGGAGAGUUUCUGUGAAGGAGAAUCAUCGGUGUGGCAGAACAAACACCAACCAGUGAGGGGGAAGGAAAAACUAGAGUGCUUGGAGAAUUCUCUUCAUCAACCUUUGCAUGGGUCCUCUGAGCGUCAUCCUUUGCAGAAAUCCUCAUCUCAUGCGCGGGAGAGUUUCUCUGAAGGAGAAUCAUCGGUGUGGCAGAACAAACCCCAAGCUGUGACGUUACAAAAAACAAAAGAUGGCUUGGAGGGUGUGUUGGAUGCACUUCGACAUGCAAAGUCAUCUCUUGAACAUGAACUCAAUAGAUUGCCAUUGUCAAGCCAAAGGGAGCCUAUGGUGAGAGCAACAGGUGCUCCUUUUCCAGCAAUUAAGGCUAGUGAUGCCAUGGAGAUUCCUGUUGGAUGUGCUGGGUUGUUCAGAGUACCAACGGAUUUGAAAUUCGAAACUACUCCUCAUAAUUCCCAGAUCAGCUUGCUGGGGCCUUUUUCUGAUUCUCAUCUAAUCUCAACAAGGUAUUAUCCCAAUGUGGGCGUUGGAGGUGUUACCAGUGAUAGAUACACUUCCAGACUUAACCUGGACAGUGGGCCAAGUAGUUCUACUCAAAGGUCAUAUAUUGAUCCUUACAAGGACAUGAGCAUGGGACUACCUGCAUCCAGUAGAUACACCUAUCCUUCAUACACAGAUUUGGUCCCAAGAAUGCCCUCUGGCUAUGGUGAUGGAAUUCAAAGACAAUCAAGUCUGGGAACUGCAAUUCCUUCUGGAGAUCAAUAUUGCAGUUUCCAUGAUCAGAUCAGGCCAAAUAUGCGUAGAUAAUAGCAGGCCAUUUGGUGGUUGAUGGGUUUGUCUUAGUAUUAGUCUCCUACAAUGAUUUUGUGAUAUUAGUUGGCAAUAUUGGUUCAAUGGUUAAAAUUCUUCACGAUGUCCUUUCUGCAUCACCUCCAGGGAAUGUGGAUUGUUGAAAUUAGGAUGGGAAAGCUGUAGAUAUGGCCCUGCACUGGGUUUGUUUGGGGAGGGUUUGAAGGAGUCUGUGAUGUGUCACCAUGGACUGAAUUUGGAUCGGUGGUUCUUAUUUUUCCUUUUUUUUCUCUUGGAUGGUGGUUGGGGGAAGGGAUGAUUUGGAAUUGGGCAGAAUCUGACCCUUGGAUUUUAAGCCUCAAAUCCUAGGAUAUAGUAUCUGUUGCCUCACUUUGUUAUUUCAAAUUAGGUCAUUGAUGGAUAUAGGAUGGGGGUGGGAUUAUUUGGUUUUGGGUGAAACAUGAUCCUCAAAUUUCAACCUUCAAUUCCUAGGGUCAUGAAUCUGUUCUCCGAACUUCUUGUUUCGGAUCAGAUGCUUUAUGUAUUGGUGAUAAGUAGUGUGAACAAUAAAAAGAUCCACGACUUCCCCCUCCCCCCCAUCCAAAAAAAAAAUUAAAUAAAUAAACAACCCUGUGUUUUGAUUCGAA